ACGGGACGGCGGUCGAGAAGAGCGCCAAAACAGCGAAGCGCGAGGCCAAAGAAGCGAUGCGGAGCGAGUUGGCAGAAAAGAAGCGAAUGGAGGCCAUAGAUAGGAUACAGCAGAAACAGUUGGAAACGUGUCGCAGGUGCUUCCAUUCCUCCAGGAUGAUAAAGCAUUUGAUGAUCGCCAUGGGAUCAUUUACAUACCUCAGCGUACCCGGAUUUCAAAGCUUGGUCGAUGGGCAUUGCCUUAUCUCACCAUUGUCUCAUGUCCCAAGCUCCCUUACAGCCGACGAGAACGAAUGGGAGGAAAUCAAGAAUUUCGCCAAGUCUUUGGUGCGAAUGUUUCAAGAUCGCGGCGAAGACUGCGUGUUCUUCGAAUACUUCGCUGGCGAUAAGUCUAAAGCCGGAUUCCCACAUUUGACGAUAGAAUGUGUGCCUUUGCCGAGGGAACUUGGAGACCAGGCUCCAAUUUAUUUUAAAGUGAGUUGG